AUGUGGUGGCUUGCACACAUCAGAUCAGGAGAAAGAGGACGCCGAUGUGAUUCCUCUAGUGAAAUCGACCUCGUGGAAUUCAAGCCCAAAAAACUCUGGUCAUCGCGUGUCAGCUCUGUGGGCUACCUUGGUGCUUUUGUGGAAGGAAACCAGAUGCAGGACUUCGAGGCUGAACUGGAAAUGGCCGAACGAGAGGAGGAGGAGAAGAAAGAAGACUCGGGAGAGCUCCCGGGGUGGGGGUCUUGGGCUGGCGAAGGGGCGCCAAAGCCCAAGCCGAGGCUGCAGCCCAAAGCCAAGGCAAAGGAAGAACCAAGGAAGCCCAAACCCAGCCAUUUCAGUGUUUAUGACGGCAAAAUGGAAGCUUCCAAAUACUUCGUGGAUCAGCUUCCGUAUGGUGUCAAGAAUCCUGCACAGUACAACCAGGAGCUACGGAUGCCAACGGGCCCUGAGUGGAAUGCAUUACCUGCACAUUUGCAGCGCAUCAAGCCCAAGUUCUUCAGCAAGGUGGGAACCAUCGUGCCACCUUUGCAGUUGGUGAAACACCUGCCAAAGGAGUCACAAGCAGGUAUCAUUGACACGUGGUCAGCCAAAAAGCGGCCCACGCGACUGAAAGAGUGGCCUGACUUGCUGCAUUUGCAGGUCUUACGGCACUUGGGCUCCCCACAGGAGGUUUGGGGAUAUCUACCCUACGGCAGCCUGUGUCGCAGCUGCCGCUCUGCCACGCAGCUGCCAUGCCUCUGGCGCCACCUAGACUUUACAGACGCUCCUCUGGAAGAACCCUGGCGUCUCCUGUCGGGUCAUCCCGAGGUGAUCCAACUCGUCCUGCGCGGCCUUUCGAUUGAGGAUUCCACGCUCCAGGAGCUGCUGUUGCGACUCCCACGGCUACAAGUCCUGGAUGUGGGCCGAUGUGGCGACCUGACGCCCAACGCGCUCACGAGCGCCUGCUCGCUGACGCAGCUGCAGUCGCUGUCGCUGGAUGGGAUGGCCGCUUUGGAGGACUCCCAGGUACAGGACCUUUGCGAGAGCUGUUUGAGCCUGAACCAUCUGGACCUUCGCUUCUGCGAGCGCCUCGCUGAUGUCAGUUGCUUCCUAAAAUCAGCCGACCGAUGGCAAUCACUUCAGUUCGACGGCUGCUUUCGUUUGGAUGCCACCCGGCUUCUGGAGUGCGCCAACGUCUUCUCGUCCCUGGAAGAGUUGAGUCUGGAUGGAGAGAUGUUGGAGGCGCCCGUCCUGGCGCUGCUGCCGAAGAGAUGCCCAAGGCUUCGAACGUUGCUGGUGUCUUUCGCGGCGGAGUUGGAUGGCGAAGCCUUAAGUGCUUUGACCACUUUGAGCCAAUUGGACGCCUUGACCCUCAAGAAAGCACAGAAGCCUCCGGAUGAUGCGUGGGCAUCGUUCUUCUUACAGCAACAGCGAUGUCGAGCACCUGAGGCCGAUCUUGGCUGGCGCAUCCUGAACUUCUGCGAGUGCGAGCUCUUUUGCGAUGGUGCAGCAAAUACCUUGGCACUUGUGCCACAAGUCCGUCUGGUGGAGCAGGGUGGCCUCAGUUUGACUCAGGGCGGCCACUGA